AUGUCAAGCAACAAAUCCGAUCAUCCCUCCAACAGCAGCAGCAAGAUGGAUGAGUCAGUGGGUAGAAUUAGUGAGGUUGAGGAUGAGAUUGAUGAUGAGGACAAGGACAAGGAGGGAGAUGAAGAAAAGAAGGAUGAGCAUGAAGAAGACAAUGGAGAAGAUGAAAAAGAGGAUGAGACAGCUCCAUCUCCAUCUCCCUCUCAACUUGGGCAGGACCUCCUCCCCUCUCUAACGCCUUCUGAGAGGACAUCAGCACCAAUAUUAUAUGCACUCCUCUUCCUCCUCUCCGCGGUCAUUGAACGUGGUGCUUACAGAUUGGCAAUGCCAGAAGCUAGAGGAGGAUUUAGGUUGGGUGCAGGCAGAAAGGACACCGCAAAUGCCCAUUGCACUAUCAUCUCCCGUGUGGUUGAGGAAACACGCAAGCAGCUGGGAGUGGCACAUUUCAAUCAGGAAGAGGCUGAGCGCAGCAAGAAGGUGAAGGGGAGGGCAGCGAAGGAUGCACAGAAGGCCAUGGAUGAGGCUGUCCAUGCCGUGCGAGAAGCCCCUGUUGUCCUACAAAUGCAAGGACGACCUCAUCACAGCCGCUGGGGCGCUGCAACUGUCAACCACUGGGACGGUCAAGGAACUCAUCACUAG